AUGGAUGCAUUUAUAAUUCGUUUAACUGACAGCACUUCAGUGAGUGAACAAUCAAAGAAAAAAAUCAAAUUAAAUAUCAGACGUCAAUAUCAUGAAGAUUAUUUAAACAUAGGAUUUUCUUGGUCUGGAAAUGUGACGAAAAAAACACGACAAUCUGAAAAAAUGACAAAAAUAGUGACCAUUUCUGAUAAAGUUCAAGAAGCUAGCUAUCUAGUAGCAGACCUUGUAGCUAAACAAAUGAAUCCACACACUAUAGCAGAAAAACUUAUUUUAGCUGCUUGCCGUGAAAUCUUAAAACUACUUUUUGGCAAAGAAGCUGAAAAAGAAGUAUUAAAAAUUCCUAUAUCUGACAAUACUAUUAGUAGGCGUAUAGAACACAUGUCUGAAGAUAUUAAAGAACAAGUAUUGCAACAAUCCCGUGACUCUUCAUUAUUUGCAUUACAACUAGACGAGUCAACUGACAUAAGUGGACAAACACAACUUUUGACAACUAAAGAUGAAGACAUUUUCAAAAUCGUGGACCAUUAUCUGAAAUUUGCCAAUUUACCAUGGGAUAAAUGCAUUGGAGUAUGUACCGAUGGAGCUCCCGCGAUGACUGGCUCAGUCAAAGGCUUUAUUUCUUUUGCCAAGAAAAAAAAUAAAAAUAUUAUUUUUACUCGUUGUUUUCUACAUAGAGAAGCCCUUGUGACAAAAACAUUGGUAGGUGAUUUAAAGGAAGUUUUGGAUCAAGUUGUAAAAGUGAUAAAUUAUAUUAAAAGUAGUCCACUUAAGUCAAGGUUGUUUGAAAAAAUGUGUGAAGGUAUGGAUUCAGAUAACUCAAAAUUACUUUAUCACAGUGCAAUAAGAUGGUUAUCAAGAGGCCGGGUAUUAUCACGUUUUUAUGAUUUGAGUGAAGAAAUAAUUGUAUUUUUAACAAUAGAAGAAUCGAAAUACGAGUUUCUUGGAGAUGAAAAGUGGUGGACAAAGGUUUCUUUUUUAACUGAUAUUUUUGAACUUUUGAAUAAAUUAAAUACAAGCAUGCAAGGCCAGCGAAAUGUAGACGUCAGUCUCAUAUCGUUAAUUAGCGAAUCUAUGAUGUUACUGAAAGAAAAAUUGACGAAAUACUUUCCCAGCAUAAAUGUUGAAGACUAUGACUGGGUGCAGAAUCCAUUCAGUGUAUCAGUUAAUGAGGUAAUUGGUUUGACAUUCGCGGUAGAAGACAAUCUUAUCUCACUGAAAAAUGAUCGAACAAUGAAGCUAAAAUUUAAAGAAAUGACGUUUAGCAAAUUUUGGAUAUAUGCUCAAGCUGAAUUUCCUGAAACAUCUAUAAAAGCAAUAACAGUUUUACUACCAUUCUCCACAUCAUAUCUAUACGAACAAGGAUUCUCAGCAGUCACCACAAUAAAAAGUAAAAAAAGAGAAAAACUUUGA